GGAGUCCAGACACUCUGGCGCAGAGGACACUUCCGGUCUCCUAGCGUGAGGUUUCUGCUUUAAUGACUGGGGUAGUCUGAGCCAUUUCUGCGUCUUGCAGGACAUUUUGAACGAGCCCCCUUUGCUUGAGGCUCGCAACCACCCGAUGAUCGAUGAUCGUCUCAGGGGAAAAGAAGCCUUGGCGAAGAGCAGAGGUUUAGAGGCACAAUUCUGCUUUCCCUGGAACUGCUUCAUUCAGGACUCUGCAAAUUCCCUAAAAUAGGAGGAAAAUUGACCAUGUCCAAGGAGGCAGUGACCUUCAAGGAUGUGGCAGUGGUCUUCACUGAGGAGGAGCUGGGGCUGCUGGACCUUGCCCAGAGGAAGCUGUAUCGAGAUGUGAUGCUGGAGAACUUCAGGAACCUGCUCUCAGUGGGGCAUCAACCAUUCCACCAAGAUACUUUCCACUUUCUAAGGGAGGAAAAGUUUUGGAUGAUGGAUAUAGCACCCCAAAGAGAAGGGAAUUCAGGAGGCAAGAUCCAACCUGAGAUGAAGACUGUUCCAGAAGCAGGACCACAUGAAGGGUGGUCCUGCCAGCAGAUCUGGGAAGAAAUUGCAAGUAAUUUAACCAGGCCUCAAGACUCUACCAUAAAAAGCUCUCAGUUCUUUGAACAGGGUGAUGCCCGCUCCCAGGUUGAGGAAGGACUAUCUAUAAUGCACACAGGACAGAAACCUUCCAAUCGUGGGAAGUGUAAACAAUCCUUCAGUGAUAUUUCCAUCUUUGAUCUUCCUCAGCAAAUACACUCAACAGAGAAGUCUCAUUCCUGUGAUGAGUGUGGAAAAAGCUUUUGUUACAUCUCAGCACUUCAUACUCAUCAGAGAGUCCACCUGGGAGAGAAACUCUUUAAGUGUGACGUGUGCGGUAAGGAAUUCAGUCAGAGUUUACAUCUGCAAACUCAUCAGAGAGUCCACACUGGAGAGAAACCUUUCAAAUGUGAACAAUGUGGGAGAGGCUUCAGAUGUAGAUCAGCACUUACAGUUCAUUGCAAAUUACACAUGGGAGAGAAACAUUAUAAUUGUGAGGCAUGUGGGAGGGCCUUCAUUCAUGAUUUCCAGCUUCAGAAACAUCAGAGAAUUCACACAGGGGAGAAGCCAUUCAAAUGUGAGAUAUGUAGUGUGAGCUUCCGUCUUAGGUCAAGUCUUAAUAGGCAUUGUGUGGUCCACACAGGAAAGAAACCAAACAACGCUGGGGAAUAUGGAAAAGGCUUCAUUGGUAGGCUGGAUUUGUGUAAGCAUCAGACGAUCCACACAGGAGAGAAACCAUACAAUUGUAAAGAAUGUGGGAAGAGCUUCAGACGGUCCUCAUAUCUUUUGAUCCAUCAGCGAGUCCACACUGGAGAAAAGCCAUACAAAUGUGACAAGUGUGGGAAGAGCUACAUUACUAAGUCAGGUCUUGACUUGCACCAUAGAGCCCACACAGGAGAGAGACCUUAUAACUGUGAUGACUGUGGGAAGAGCUUUAGACAGGCCUCAAGUAUUUUGAAUCAUAAGAGACUCCACUGCCGAAAAAAACCAUUCAAAUGUGAGGAUUGUGGAAAGAAGCUUGUACACAGGACAUACUGUAAAGACCAACAAAGAAACCAUAGUGGAGAAAACCCAUCCAAAUGUGAGGACUGUGGGAAGCGCUACAAGAGGCGCUUGAAUCUGGAUAUAAUUUUAUCAUUAUUUUUAAAUGACACGUAAGUGUUGUACAUAUUUAUGGGGUACAGUGUGAAUAUUUAAAUAUAUGUAUAUGAUGUAUAAUGAUCAAAUCAGUGUAAUUAGCAUAUUUAUCACCUCAAACAAUUAUCUCUUUUUUGUGUUGAGAAAAUUAAAAAUUCAUUGUUCCAGCAAUUUGAAAAUAAAUUGUUGUUGAUGAUAGUCACCUUUAGUGCUGCAGAACAGUAGAACUUCUUCCUCCUAUCUACCUGUACUUUUGUAUCCAUUAGCCAACCUUUGGCCAUCCCACCUAUCCCCUACCCUUCCCUGCCUCUAGAGCCACUGUUCUCACUACUUCUAAGAAAUCAGCUUUUUUAGCUUCCCCAUGUGAGUGAGGACAGUUUAAAGUAAGUGUUUCAGCCAUAGCUCAGCAUACCCCAGUGGUCGUGGGGACUGUCAGAGCAGAGAAUGCUUGUAAGUCAUGCUGCAGGGUUUCUAACAGAAGUUUGACAAUUAGUUAUUAUUCAGGAGACAGGUCAUAGUAUAAGGGUUUGUUCACACACUUUCAAAACACUAAUGAUGAACAUGUCAAAAUUGAUGACCACUAGAAUGUCAGCCACAUGUGUCUUUGUAUUUUUGCUGCAUCCUUACAUCGCUUGAGUCUGGAAGAUUGAGGCUGCAGUGACCUGUGAUAGUGCUACUGCACUCCAGCCAGGGCAACAGAGUGAGACCCUGUUUCAAAAAAAAAAAAUUUAAAUAAAUACCUUUGUUUGUUUCUGGACAAGCAUCUGUGUUUCUGGAAUUUUUUUUUUUAGUGUACAUACAUAGUGUGUUACAAUUAUAUUCUUAUUUUCUUCAGCAGUGAAUAUUUGCUGGUAUUUUUCUAUUUUAUAAUUGUAUGCAUUAUUUUUAGAUUUCUCAGUGAACAUCAGAAACUCCAUCUCUACAAGAAAUACAAUAAUUAGCCAGUUGUGGUGGUGUAUGUCUGUAGUCCCAGCUGCAGACUACUGGAGAGGCUGAAGUGGGAGGAUCGCUUGAACCCAGGAGGCAGAUAUAUAGACAAAUGGAAUAGAAUUGAGAGUCCAUAAAGAAACCCAUACAUCUAAGGCCACUUGAUUUUCAAGAAGGAUCCAAGAUUACUUUAUGAAGACAGAAGAGUCUCUUCGACCAAUACUGCUGGGACACCUAUACACAGACACACAACAUAAUGAAGUUAGAUCGUAUCUCACCCUACACUUAAAAAUUAACUCAAAAUUCAUCAAUGACCUAAUGUAAUAGCUAAACUAUAAAAGUAUUAGAAGAAAACAUAGAAGUAAAUCUUCCUGACUUUAUUUGGAAUGGAUUCUUCAAUGAAACAACAUAAGCAAAAGCAAAUAAAAAUACCUAAAUGGGACCUAAGUUUUAAAAAAUGCUAUGCCUACAUGGACAUUGUCAAGAACAUGAAAAAACCAUACAGCAUGAGUUCUACUAUCCAGAUUAUAUGAAGAAUUCUUACAACUCAAUAACAAACAACCCAAUUAAAAAAAUGGGCAAAGGGCUGGGUGCAGUGUCUCAUGCUUGUUAUCCCAGCACUUUGGGAGGCUGAGGUGGGCAGUUAAGGCCAGGAGUUCAAGACCAGCCUGGCCAACAUGGUGAAACCCUGUCUUUACUAAAAAUACAACUAGCUGGAUGUGGUGGCCUCCUGGGCUCAAACCAUCCUUCCACCUCAGCCUCUUGAGCAGCUGAGACUACAGGCGUGCGCCACUGCCUCUGGUUAAGUUUUGUAUUUUUCUGUAGAGAUGAGGUUCCUCCGUGUUGCCCAGGCUGGUCUUGAACUCCUGCACUCAAGUAAUCUGCCCACCUCAGCCUCCGAAAGUGCUGAGAUUACAGGCAUGAGCCACUGCACCCAGCCUAAAAAAAAAUCCUAAUUUUUAUGGGUACACAUAUGGAGUAUAUAUUUUGAUACAGGCAUACAAGGCAUAAUAAUCACAGGGUAAAUGGGGUAUGUUACCACAAGCAUUUAUCAGUUUUUUGUGUGUGUUAGAAACAAUCCAUACUCAUUUAGUUAUUUCAAAUGUACAAUAAAUUAUUGUUGACUGUAACUCUGUUGUGCUAUCAAAUACUAGAUCUUAUUCAUUCUAUCUAGGUAUAUUUUUGUACCCACUAACCAUCCCCACUUCCCUCACCACCAACCCUACCUUUCCCUCCCUCUGGUAACCAACAUUCUGCUCUCUGUCUCCAUGCAUUCAAUUGUUUUAAUUUUUAGCUCCUACAAAUAAGUGAGAACAUGUGAAGUUUGUCUUUCUGUGCCUGACUUAUUUCACUGAACGUAAUGUCCUCCAGUUCCAUCCAUAUUGUUGCAAAUAACAAAAUCUCAUUCUUUUUGUGGCUGAAUAGUACUCCAUUGUGUAUAUGUCCAUUUCCUGUAUCCAUUCAUCUGUUGAUGGACACUUAGGUUGCUUCCAAAUUUUGGUUAUUGUGAAUAGUACUGCAAUAAACAUUGCGGGGGAGGGUGCAGAUAUCACUUUGAUAUAGUUUUAAUUUUUUGAGGAACCUCCAUACUGUUCUCCACAGUGGUUGUACUAAUUUACAUUCCCACCAACAAUGUGUGAGGAUUCCCUCCCUCACUCCUUCCACAUUCUCAGCAACAUUUGAUAUUGCCUGUCUUUUGAAUAAAAGCUAUUUUAACUGGAGUGAGAUAUCUCAUGGUAGUUUUGAUUUGCGUUUAUCUGAUGAUCUAUGAUGUAGGGUACCUUUUCAUAUACCUGUUUGCCAUUCGUAUGCCCUCUUUCGAGAAAUGUCUAUUCAGAUAUUUUGCUCAUUUUUAAAUUGAAUUAUUAAAUUUUUUCCUACUGGG